AUGUCGGAAAACAAGGGUUUGGUGGUGUGCCGUCUAACUGGAUACGGUCAAACUGGUGCGUUGGCACACGAGGCUGGACAUGACAUCAAUUACGUAUCAAUUACUGGCUUACUGCCAACGAUAUCUGGUCACAACACUUCUCGCCCUUGGCCUCCAGCGAAUUUAUUGGCUGAUUUUGCUGGAGGUGGACUAACAGCCGCUUUUGGAAUUGUGGCAGCGCUGCUGAAGCGAGAAAAAAAUGGUGGACACGGAUGUAUUAUCGACUGCUCAAUGUCCGAUGGCGUCUCCUAUCUAGGCUCGUUCGUUCGACGUUAUCAAGACAUGGAACAUUUGUGGACUCGACCAUUUGCCGCGUUUUCUGGCGAUUGCCCAGUGUAUAGAGCCUAUAAAACCAAAGAUGGGAAAUGGAUGGCAGUUGGAGCUCUGGAACCGAAAUUCAGCGUUUCGUUAUUCAGAAGACAAAAUGCGUGUGUAACACCGAUAUUGGAACUUGAUGAAGCAGUGCGAUUUAAGCACAAUGUGGAAAGAAAGUGUUUCAUUAAAGAAGGCGAUGAGUUUUUUCCACAGCCGGCACCUAGGAUGUAUGCCUUGGAAGAGUAUGAGAGACUCAUGUCAAAACUCUGA